AUGCCGCGUCGAGGCAAUCUCGGCGGUCACCGCGUGGUGAUCGCCUCGCUCUUCCUCCCCGAUACGCUUCACUUUGUCGAGCCCGAAUUCGAGUCGGCGCUGGCGGAAUCGCCCGAAGAAUCCACCGCUCCUCCAUCGCCGGAUUCAUUGGGAACAGAUGCACCUUUGCCGCUGCACGAACUCUCCUCGCGACUGGCAGCGUCCAUGUCAUUGUCCUCCAACGACCGCCCCUCGCGCUCCAUGCCCGUCCCCGCGAGGACACCCAAGAACCAUCGACCUUCGUUCACAGAUACUAAGAUCAACAUGAGCGAGCUCAUGUACGAAGCUGCCGUUCCGAAACUCGACGUGCGCGAUGGCGCUGCUAUUUCGGGAGCAUCGAGUCCGCUCAGUCAUUCUCGUCGAGGCUCCAUGUCGGAACAUGCCAACACCGUCGGCAGCGGUCCCGAAGGAUCGGAUAUCCCCGUCGCACCUGCAUCGGACCACGGCCGAGCCGCAUUUACACCGGAUACGAUGGCUGGUUCGAGUCCCUUUGGCACUUCACCUCUGCCCGGACAGACUGCUCCCAUCUCAGCUGCGGCUGCUGCUGCUGCGGCAGGUGGCGCAGCACCCAAGAGCCGUCGCUCCAGCUUCAACACCAACACCAGCAGUGGUACUGCGCUGGCACCGCCCGCCUCCAUUGCAGAAGGCACCGGCACACGUACGCCAGGCGCCAGGGCUGGUGGCAAGCUCGCCAUGACUCAGCCCGUCAGCAUCAUUUCGGACCUGGCCGCCAGACGUGGUGGACCGGUUCCUCCUCCCGUCCAAGAAGCCGAUAGCGAGAGGCACCAUCCAUUCGGGUCUGGCGCUGUCACUCCCAUGGCAGGCGCUCAGACUCCGGCCAACGGCAGCAGGCCAGGACUCGCUCGCGCCUUCCCUUCGUCGCUCAGCAUGACCAAGGCAAACCCGUCGGGCACCAAGUCGGCCGGACCCGGUCUAUUGCCCACGCUCAAAAGCCUCAGCAUGACCUCCUCCAAAUCGAAUGCAGCAUCAGGGACCUCCGGCGGCUCUGGCUCCAAGACACCCGGCCCGUCACUGCCAGCAUUGCGAACCACCAAGACAGCCAGCGCAGUCGCCAGCGGAUCCAUCAACGACCAUGGCAGAGGAAUCCCCGCAUCGCCCGCGGACGCUCGCAAGCCGUCUGCCUCCACAAGUGAGAGACCCUCGUCACGAGAGCUGCUCGGCCAUGCCAAAACGCCGGCACCGCGAGAACGCUCGCUCGCCUCAUCGCCGAGCACCUCCACUAAAGGCCGAUCGCAUCAUCAUCAUCAUCACCACGGCCAGUCUGCCAGCAGCACUCACCAGGGCCCACCCGCUGCCCCCUCUUCCGUCUUUACUCGCAACCGAAGCAUGCGGUCCGCAACCCGCCGAGGCAGCGCCCGUCGAACCUCGUCCGCUAGCCGUUCAUCCUCGCAUCUCCACAGGCGCACUUCUACUGCAUCGCUCGAAACCGUCGCCGACGACGAUGACGACGCCGCUUUACCGCCCUUUGAGUUCAUCAGCAACCCGUCCGCCAACGGAGGUCUCAUCAACGCCGUCAAGAGCAUCGAGCGAGAACGUCUUCGCGCUGGUAAGCUCUACGUUGGCACCCCAGCAUUGUCCACAGAAGGCUGGCUAGGACCCUCCGAGAAGCGCAAGAUCGAGCAGAGGUACAUGAAGGAGCGUUCGUCGAUGCCCGUCUGGCUCGAAGACGACGACUUUGACCUGAGCUACAACCGCUUUUGCAAGCAGAUCCUCUGGCCCACUUUCCACUACACUUCGCCCACGUCGAAAGGUCUCGACAACGAACACGAAGCUUUCCGCGCCUAUUGGGAGGUCAACCGACGCUUCGCCGACGCCAUCGAGGACGUCUACCAGGAGGGCGACAUUGUUUGGAUCAAUGACUAUCAUCUGCUGCUCGUUCCGCAGAUGGUGAGAGAGCGAUUGCCGCAUGCUACCAUCGGUCUCUUCGUCCACAUUGCUUUCCCUUCAUCAGAAAUCUUCCGUUGCUUGAGCAUGCGCGAGACCUUGCUCAAGGGCAUGCUCGGCGCCGAUCUCAUUGGCUUCCAGACGCACAACUUUUGCCGCCAUUUUCUGCAGACGGUCAGCCGCAUCUUGCAGCUCGAAGCGACUCCCAAAGGUGUGCAGCUCGAAGGAAGUCUCGUCACGGUUGCGCCCUUCCCUAUCGGCAUCGAUGUGCGAAGUCUCAAUGCCAAACGUCAAGACCCCGAGGUCAGCGAAUGGGUCGCUCAGCUGCGAGACAAGUACGCAGGCAAACGCAUCAUUGUCGGCAGAGACAAGCUCGACUGGAUCAAGGGUGUCCGGCAGAAGCUGCUCGCCUUUGAGGCUUUCCUCGACGAGCACCCCAAGUGGGCCGGCGAAGUGGUCCUUAUUCAGGUCGCGCUCGCCACUACCGAAGAGAACGAGGAGAUCGGCGAGGCCACCGACGUUGUCUCCCGCAUCAACAACAAGUACAGUACGCUCACCUACCAGCCCGUGGUGUUCUUGCACGUCCAGGACAUCACCUUUAGCCAGUACCUCGCCCUGCUCACCGUAGCCGACUGCUUCCUCGCCACCAGUCUGCGCGAAGGCAUGAACUUGACUUCACACGAGUUUGUCGUCUGCCAGGAGGUCAGCCACCGUCCGCUCGUCCUCUCCGAGUUUACCGGCACCUACUCGGGUCUCCGUGCCUGCAUCGGCAUCAACCCUUGGAACACCAAGCAAGUGGCCCACGCCAUCCACAAGGCGCUCACCAUGAGCGAGUCCGAGAUGGUGCAGCGCUGGACCGAUUUACAUCGCGUCGUCGUCACGCAGACGGCGCAGCAGUGGAUCACGUCCUUGCUCGGCCACCUGGAACGAGCGCAUCUCGAACAGGAAAGGCUCGAGAACAUGUUUGUGCCUCGGCUCGAAGUGGCGCAGCUCGUGUCAGAAUGGCGGGCUGCCCAUUCGCGUCUCUUGCUCAUCGAUCUGGAGGAGACGCUGGUCACAUAUGAUCCUCUGGCCGCUCACGAGCAAGGCGGCUUCCGACCACCCGAAUGGCUUUUCAAACUUCUCCACGACUUGGCGGCAGACAGCAAGAAUGUCGUCUACGUCCUCAGCGGCAUGGGCACCGACGACCUGGAUCGUCUCGCCUCGCGCCUCGACAGCAUCGGGUUCGUUGCUGAAGAUGGCUGCUUCGUCAAGCACGCCGGCGAGAACUACUGGAACGGCCUUGUUGCGCCGUUCGAUCUGCGACCGGUGCGCGAGAUCCUCUCCUACUUUUCCGAGCGCACCCCCGGAUCCUACAUUGAGGAGCGGGGCGCUUCCAUGUGCUGGCGAUUCUGGAACGACAAGAUGGGCGACCGCAACUCGCACGAAGCGCAGUGGGCGCGUCGGCAGUCGGCCGAGGUGGCGAAUCUGAUUCACGAGCGUUUCUCGCACUCGCUGCGCGUGAUUCCCUGCCGCACCAACUGCCUCAUCCUCCCUCGUCACGCCAGCCGCGUUGCGGCCGUGCAGCACAUCAUCAUGCAGAUGAGCAUCAUCGGAUCGGUGCCUACGCCCGGCGCGCACAGCAGCAGCGGUCAGCCGUCGUCCACAUCGACCCCCUCGCUCACGGCACACAAGCCGAACGACAUUGCGCAACGACUUGCGGACCAGCCGCACCCUCCUUCGCUGGAGAGCGCCUACAAGCAGCCGUCGAACCACUGGCCGAUGCCGCUCGCCGCGCACGCGCACAGCACACGCUCCGCAUCGCCUGCCGUACCGAUGCGAAGCCACGCCGGAUCCAUCUCGGUCCACCUGCCGCAUCACUACCACCAGACGCACACGUUUGAUUUCGUCCUCGCGCUCAGCCAGGACGAGAAGCUGCUCGCGUACGUCAACACGCUCGACCUGUUUGCGCCGGUGACGUGCACCACGGUGGAUCUCGAGAAGAGCAGAGGGACGGAGGCGGCGUACUUUUUGGCUCAGACAGAUGUUCAGGAGGCCUUGGAGGAGAUGGUUGGUUUCCGAGCGAGGGAUUUGAAGUGGGCGAGGGGGGUUCAGUAG